GAAUGCAGUCUCAUCAAGGGAAUGAUGUAAUUAAAUGCUUGCUUUUCCAAGUCGUGUGUCAGCAAGGGCAUGCGGUCUUUCUGUCUCUGAUGUGCCACAAUAUGCCACGCGUCCAUUCCCCGUUGGCUGUGGCCCUUGCCUUCCUGUGCCUUCUGACACCAAUUGUGUAAGACGAGAUCAUGAUAGCUAACCUAGCCUAGCCUAGGCUAGUGACCUGUACAUCAAUAGCCUCUGUAGGAGCAGAGAAUGCCAUCCUAGAUGGAGGUACAUCUCGGUACCGAGGGGGAUUGGUACAUCUCGGAGCCGGGGGGAGGUGUAUAAAGCGACCGAUGUACCCAUAUCAGACCGAGGGAUACGUGUCGGUUCGUAAACGUACUGGAUGCCAGUUGAUCCCUAUGACAAAAGUACCUCGGGGGAGAGGGACUUUGUGAGCCGAUGGUACGUGAUCUCAGUAAUAGGUUUUUAGUGACACUGAGAACACGUGUUUUCAUCUUGGAGUAUUUCGGAAAUGUCCUAUCACAGGAGGAUUCAUGGUAACCUGGGAUCAGAACAGAUGUUAAUGGAACGGCAAGAGAUGGAUCAACGAGCAGCUGCCAACGCGAACAAGGAAACAGUAAAUCAGGAGGCUGUUAGCCUAUUACAGAAUGAAAUUAGAAAUGUUGCCAAUACUUGGCCAUUUCUUUCUCCGGAAAUGCAGAGGACUCUAGUACAGCAUAGACUCGAAUGUAAAGCUAUGGUUCUCAGAAGGGCACUUGUUAGUACUAAAUCAAGUAAUCUCUGAAGGAGGAACUAAAAUGGCCAACCGUCUGGGCAUAGCUGUCUGAACAAUCCUGCAUCAUCUGUGCUUGUAACUAGUUGUUAAAACCCGGGAAGCUAGUAAGAACUUGUAGGAUAUCGUUAGGGCCUUUAUGUUGAGUUUACUCAUAACUAUGUUUUGCAGGUACUAUCGUAAUCCUGUGUAAUAUAAACUCGUGUUGUAAGUUGUGUUCAAUAUUUUAUUUUAGAACUACGGAGCUUUGUGUACAU